AUGGCUCACGUUACAGUUGAUUGGAAUCCACUUGGUAAGGUAUUUUAUAGGUAAGUGGUUCUUUUCAGUUCAGACUGUCUCCAUGCAAGUUGUGGCUCGGCCCAUAAUUAUAUAGCCUGCGUAGCUGGCGGUAUUGUGUGGGUACGAGAUUGAAGUUUUGGCGGCGGAGCUGUGUUCCAAAAAAAGGGAGCAGGGACGAGGCGGUUGAAAUACCGCCUGCCAGAAAACCCCGGUAUUUUGAAUAGUCCGCACACCAGUGUGCGGAGAAACGGAUUGGUCGAGGGCCAUACAUAUGUCAAUCAUUUUAGAUGAUCCUUCGCAUGUAUUUUCCAAUUAAGGGAGCAGAUUGCAAACUGGAAAAGACGUAAGUGAUCGUGGUUUCUCCUUUAAAAAGAGCAUAAUUGAUGACCAAAUUGCCGAAAUGGCAUCUUUAAAGAGGGUCGUACAGGGGUAUUCCCGUGAUGCGGGAUUGGCUGAUUUUAUUUUCCGUGAAACGUGAAUUUAAUAAAUUAUUCUUCGUGAUCCGGGAUCUGAAGGUUUUGCGUGACCCGUGAAGAACUUGAAUUAUUAACCGAUAUUCGUGAUUUCACCACUCUAUUUGGCGUGAUUUUGAGAUGCGAGUGCUCCGGAAGACUUAUUUUAAGACUGAAAACAUCAAAUGUGACAAGUAACAGACUUCGCUUUAAUUAAAGUAAUCCAUUGUGCAAAUUCACGUGCUUUACAUGCCUAUCAUGGAUCAGAUGUCUAUUCCUAUGCCUAUGGUCUCCUAUGUCACUGGAGGUCAAAGGACAGUGAUCCAAAACAUCGAAACAUCCGAGACAUGGAGGGGACGAGUCACGUAUAGUACGAUGAGGGUCGAAUGUAUUGUAUUUUACGUUGACCCAAAGUCUGUCGACUCGCUUAAUUUUCUUGGAAAGGAACAGAACAUCAGACUAUCCUCAAGAUAAAGUCUCAUUCAGCCCUAACACUGUCAAAGAGGAGACUGUUACUUCUGCUACAACCGUUACGACUGUUACGCCUUCUACAUCGCACGUAGCCUGUGCCAGGCUCUCAGAUAGUAUAGUGGGAACGUAUUAAAAUGAACAAAGUGAAAAUAAGACGCGCACGACUUGGGAAAGGGGGCGGUGGCGGCGGGAAAAAUGGGAGAAAAAUGCGCACAGGCUCCGCCGCCCUGUCUCUCCCCAGCCUCCGCGCGUUUUUUGCUUUUCUUAUUACUGAACGACUUUCCACCACCUUCUCGGAGCCUGGAACAGGCUACAUCGCACGAGGCCAUUGAAGAUGUUCAAGUAGUAGAGGAGGAAGCCGAGGAAGAAGAGGAGGAAGAGUAUGACACUGACUCAGACGCUGAAUAUCCUAUUGCUGACAAUUACGAGGUAGAUUCUUUAGACGAUUUGUUGUUUCUUCGGGCAGUUACAAAGCGAAGUGGACGAAUGGUCAGAGUCGUCCAUCGAGAGUGAUUUAGGUAUGUGAUUUCCGAUAAGCAGCCUUUACUUAGCCUUUAACGAUUUUGCUUUCUUCAAACACUCUUUCUACCGUAAGAGAAGGUUAUUAAAACGAGUACCUUACUACUUGUUUAUUUUCGUGAUUCGGGAAAAUGAAAUUUUGAUAGCCGUGAUCCGUGAUUCGCUGUUUUUUCUGUUCGUGAACCGUGCGAGAGACCCCCCCUGUACGACCCUCUUUAAACUUCACAGCGCUGGAAUCGUCCUUAUUUAGCCGUAAGAAACAAAGGUCAAAGGAAAUUAAAACACUUUACAACUACAUCUGAGAUCAAAUCCUAUCAGGAACACCUACAGAAGAAUUAAAUAAACCAUAGGAAAUGGUUACUCAGUAUGCAUGUAACAAACCAGCUUCAUGACCUUUUAAUGUUAAGCUUAGUGUGGCAAAAAAAGAUUUACUCAGUCAAAGUUUAGAAUGAUACUUGUACUGUGUAGUGCUAGUAACCUUCAUGCGAGAGCCGAGAAAAUAAAAAAACUUCUUUUCAAGCAAACUCACAAGGUCACGUUUCACAUUAUCACGAGCUUAGGAGUCGUGUUUAGCCUGUCAAUGCUUAUUUCUGAACUGUCUCGCGCAAAAAUAAUUGGAAGUUUCAAAUUGCAGGUUUUUCUUUGAUUGGCUGAUUCAGUUGGGAUCACCUAAGAUGACAAAAGUGGGCGGCAUUCAAAAAAUCAUGGUUCUCUGGCAGGCGGUAUUUCUCGUGGUUUUGCUGCUCGUGACGGCUCCACCGUCAAAUCUCACUCGACUAUGUUACAACGGCUCAGCCGCCAAAUCUCACUCGACUACUACACAAAUUAUACCACCAGCUACGCAGGCUAAUAAUUAUAAAAUGCUACCUAUUAUUGUUUUAUUAUUCAUUCAAAAUAUUUCCUCCAAGCUGAAGACAUCCUUACCUCUAUGUAAAAUUCCAGUAGUCAAACAUCUGCCUGUUUUUUGCCAGUUCCAGAUUAUGACGGGAUAUAAUAUUCUUGCUGAUAUUCUUCAAAUGGUAGUUUUCAGUGUCUUUGUGUGUUAUUUCAAAGUUUUUGAGGGUGAAGUUCAGGAAAUUUUAUGAGGUUAAAUAUAGUUACUUAACUUAGCUAACGAUGAAAAUUCCAGUAGCUGCUCAGUAGUUAGCUUGGUAUUACAGUACAGGCCACAGGCAUUGCAGCACUUACACGCGCGUAAAGUGCGUGCAAUAUGGCGGAUUUCCACGAAAAAUCCACGCAAAAAACUCGCGUGUAAAUUUAAACAUGAGCUUUUACAUGCAGGCUUUUUACACGCAAAUUUGAGUGUACUUUUACGGUGACUGAUUUUGCUUACAAAAAUACACACAAGUUGUGUACACGUAUUUCUUUUACAACAGACAAUGUGGCUGAUGUAAAAUUAGAAACCGACAUUGUGGAAAAACAUCUUUUCGCGGUGAAAGAGAAAACAACUUGCUAUACACUUUUUCUUACUACGAUCAUGCUACAAUCGCGAACCUCAUGUUUUGUAAUGAACGAUUUCCUUGGAUGUUGGCUGAAGCGCUAUUUUACAUGUAAACUUGGAUCAAUGUUACUUGCCACGACUGUUGUUUUGCAAUAAGUUCAAUGUUUUAGCUUGCGUAGCAGGCACCCGGACUUCAGUACACUGUUUUUUUUUUUCCUGUCUGCGUUUUUUCUAACAUUGAAUGAGCGUCAAGCUUCACAAUAAUGUCCUUACUUGUUGCUUAUUUAAAAAUUUCCAUGCGUUACUAAACUUGGAUACAAUUUCACUCCGAAUUUGCAUGUUAUUUGUGACGCGCAACAUUUUAAGUAAUUUGAUCCCAUGCAUUUUCUGGAAUUAGAAGCUUGUGUAAACGAUAAAAAUGCAGCAUGUUAUUUUGUUUGCCCUUGACAAGGGUUAAACACGCUUUGCUGAAAACAUAGACCUUAAAAGAAAACCUUUCCUCGGCAGGUAAAACUAAAACCUGGGAACUAAAAUUAGUUCUUGCAGUAACGCCAUUAAACAUAGACAGAUGACGUGACUGAGUGACGCCGGUGUUGCGAGCAAAAAGAAACUUUAAAAACUCUUGCCAAAAUAACAAGCCUUUCUUAUUUCGGACCUACCUUGCAGCAAGGACAGAGGACAAAGGAAAUUGUUGCCCGAGAAAAUAACUCAAAGCAGCGAGCUAAAGAGAAGUAGGAGAUGAAAUGCUGUAAACAAAAUAGAUGUAGAAGCGACCCUUCACCAAACAUAGUUGGUCCAUCAAAAUAGUCGCGAAUUGAUGACUGAAACUGAUUUUAGUUGAAACCUUUUUAUAAUCUCUGUGAAGUCUACAAAUGAACAUUCAAGCGAAGAACAUGUAAAUAUUUAAAAACAAUGUUCAUUCGGUCGAAAAACUUGGAUCACUUUUAGCCCAGAUAACAUUAAAUACUAACAUUUGAAUGUUUCUCAAAAGUUUUUUGCACAAGUACAACUGCACUCACUCAGCGAGUGAUGUAAGAACUCAAGUAAACCGAAUACACGCAAAUUAUAACAACCUGCGUGUAAAGUUUUACACGUAAAUUUUCCUAAUUUGCAUGUAUUUUCUCGUGUAUUUUUUUACAUGAGUGUUUCAUGCGUGUUUUUCUCGUGGAAUUUGCAUGCAAUAUGGCGGAUUUCCACGCAUGAAACACGCGUGUAAUACUGCAAUGCCCGUGGCCUGUACUGUAGCAUGGCGUUGACGUUUGUUAGGGUUUUAUUGGUGUGCUUUGGCGAGCUGGCAGUUAUCCUGUGCUCUUUUGUUUUUGCCGGGGUUCAUGUUACUGUACUAGGCCUGUUAUGGGAUAAUUUCCAGUGCCCCCCAGGUCAGUGGUUUUCCAUUGCAAUUUAUGCGUCUCUGUUUGCAAUGAUAUGCUCGUAGUUUGAAAGUGCGUAGUGUUCAGGUGUUUUGGUCAGUGUUACUCAGUUAGUGUUUUUUCCCCUCCCUCCUCCUCACCCCUUAUUAUUAUUGUUAGUAUUAUUGUGGUCCUUUUUUCUCCACUGAACUCUCAGUUCAGUGUGAUGGGUGCUUUGGCUGAGGCUUGGUGUUGCUGGCGGGGCUCGUGGCUGGGUUGCAGGUAGGGCAGGCUUUUGGGGUGUUCUUGCUACCUGGGUUAGGGGUUGGCGGCUCCAGCCCGUAGGUUCCUAGGCACCCAACCUCCAUGUGCGACUCAGGCAUUAAUCUACCCAUAACAUGUGAAAUCUUCCACCAUUUACUCUUGGUCUUCAGUACCAAAACAGCCAAACCAUCACUCUGCUUCUUUGCUUGAUUUCUGUGCAUCCUUUUCCAGUUUGGAGGUGUGUCUGACAGAAUGGUUAGCACUUUGAACUCCGGAUCUGGAGGUCCAGGGUUCAAUCCUCGCGUUUCAAAUGGUUUCCUUAGACAAGGAACUUUACACCACUUUGUCUCUCUUCACCCAGGGGUAUAAAUGGAUACCGACGAAAUACUGCCAGGGGGUGACCCUGCGAUGGACUAGCAUCCCAUCUUGGGAGGAAGGGGGAAUGGCAAGACUCCUAUAGUCAUGCUUCAUGCUAAGGAAGCUGGGAUAAGCUCCAGCCUUUUGGGGCCUUUGGCUUGCACACACCUUUAAUCUUUUUUUUUUUUUACUUUUUCCAGUCUGAGACUUUACUAUUGACAUCAGCCUUUAAAUCAAAGCAAACUUCUUUCAAUUUUGGUAAAUAGCCAGCAGGCUCAGGAAAGAAAUACCGGGGCAGCCAUGGAAUUUAAGCCAAUCAGUCAGGGAUUGAGAAAUAUUUUAAAUGUACACACUGUAGCCAUAAUUGAAUUACAGCAAAAGUUUUCUUCGCAAAAUGUGUUUGUCUUGAACAGGAAAGUAGAGCUGUACAGUAUGGAGUGGCAAGAUGCUAUGGAUCUAUCCCGGUUUAUUGUGAGUGCAGCACCUUUUGGUGGUCCAAUAGGUAAGUACAUCAGACUUCUUCUAAGUGUUGUUUAACCAACAGGGUGGUCAGGUUUCAUUUCCCCGCAUUAUGUGAGGGUGAAUAGGACUCACCAGGGUAAACGUUUAAGAGCCAGAACUACAGAAAUGUUCUCAACAGAACUGUAAAUACCGGCAUUAAUUUGUAUCUUAUGUCUAUAUCAGCAAGAGUCCAUUAUACUGUACCAGAAUUUUGUUUCAGUCAACUGUCUGUACAUGUCAAGGGAUUUGGCUGAAAAAAGUUUAAAGGAAGAAAACAACUCUGAGGAACAUCCUGCUUCUUAUUAUUUAUAUUAGAACAGCUAGUGCAUAAAAAAUUUCAUUACUUUCAAACUGCAGUCCUGCUGUGUUGUAUGUAGAUGCUUAACUGUCAGUAAUAGUUAAAAAAAAUAAUUGAAGGGCUCCAUGCUAAAUUGCCUAAUGCCCUUGUGGUGUAUUUUUGGGAUGAUUGGGAUUUAAGUAGGUUUAAUCGCUAAUGCACACCAUUGCUAACUCAUGUACUCUUCUACAUACAUGGGGAGUCAUGUAGCAGCUGCUCAGAAGAGAAGUCACCAAUGGUGCCUAACCCUGACCCCAAGCAAUACUGAAACAAUUGAAAGAAUGACGUCAUUGUUUUCUGCGACCAAUUAGGAGAGACCUUACGAGCAGCUCCUACACAACUGUACAUGGGGGUGAGGAUGGUACACCUAAAUAUUUACAUGUCCUGCAGCCCCCCACAUUGAGAUUUCCUUUUUGAAGGAAUAGUUUGUAUUUGUUGUAUUUAAAAUUUUCAGCUCUGAUAAGAGAUGACAAGCAUUUUGCUCGAGUCCAAGGAUCAGCUAUUAAUAAACCCAUCAUUCACAUUUUUUCCUCUGCUGGAAGGGAACUUGCCACAGUCAAGGUAUGUGUCUCUUUUUAAGGUCUACUGCUGCUUGUUGUUUAACCUGGGAACACAGACAAAGAGGAGUGUCGAUCAGGCCGAGCAGGCUACUUGUUGUUUAAUAUUGACAAAUUUUGUGAAUAUUGUUCUUAGCUAGAAGACUAACUGUCAACUUUUUUUGUUAUUGCUUUGGAAAAGGGCAGGAACUUGUAUUAUCAUAUGGUUGGUUCUGUGAGCAGGAAAGAUGAAGUAAUAUUCUGACUGGUUACUGAAGCAGGCAGAAUGGAUCUAUCUUAGGGACGGACCAUUAGAAAACUUAUGGGGGGGGGGGGCGGGCGAAGUACAAAAAAAAUAUUCGCGCAAGGCAAAAUUAAAUGAAAAAAAUUCAUGCACGCCAAUUAACGCUAAAAAAUAUUCAUGCUACGGCCUAAAAAAAAUUCAUACAAGGAAUUUGAUAACGAAAAAAAAUUCCUGCGGCUCAAAAAUUCCCCUCCCCCCCCCAUAACUUUUCUAAUGGUCCGUCCCUUAGUCCAUCACUAGUCUGCUUCACAGCCGUUUUUAGUGUUGUCACACAACGUUCCUACCCACCUCCCUUGUGGGGAGGAGCGUUGCGUGACAACGCUAAAAGCAGCACUGAAGAAGACUAGUCCAUCACUGCAUGGGAACAAGAACAAAAGCAAAAAUGUUCUGCUUCUGUAGGCUAUUGAUCAAGUGUUCUUUUUUAUUCUUAGUGGGAUGGAGGCCCCAUAGUUCAGAUGGGAUGGUCCAUCACAGAGGACCUACUUUGCGUGGCUGAUGAUGGUACCGUGAUGGUGUAUGACAUUCAUGGCGCAAUCAAGAAAACCUUGUCAAUGGGACAGGUAAGUGUUAAAUCAUUUUGUGUCAUGAAAAGGCUGAAAAAGAAGACAUGAUGCAUGUAUGUUUGUAAAGCACCACAGCUUGACAACUUCUAGUCAACUUGAAGCUCAUCUUAGCCCAUUGAUGCCAUAUCUUAUGUCAGUAAAUUCUUUAACCACCCCAAGUAAAUAAAUUUUCUGACAAAUUAAAUAAUCAUUAAUUUUUCCAUAACUAUGAGCAAAAUGAAUGUAAUUUAUAAUAUAUUAUCAUCAAAAACAUAAGUCAUAGACUGUUUGCUACUUUAUUAAAAGGGUUGUACAAAAAUAGAGUAUACUCAUACAUAUACUUUUUGUAGCAAAGGCAUAGCCAUUAAAUAAUAUUACCCAUAUGUCGUGUAUGUUUCAGGUCAAAAUUUCAAUUCAGGUUAAAAGCUUUUAGCCUUGGUUGAUUCUCUAUCUCCUUUGUCCCCUAGUCCUAAUUUAUUCGUGAAUUAACUCUAUGAGACAAAGGAAAUCAAGAAUCAACCUGGAUAUGAUUUUAACCCAUAAUAGACAUUGUAUUUAUGUCGUUUUUGCAUGUGGCCUUAUCAAAUACACAGCAACUUCAGAUCUGGUGCUUUUAAGUUGGGUGCAGGAGACGAAACUCGUAAUUUUUAUCUGUAUUAUUUUGUAGGAUGCCAAGGAAUCCAAAGUUAUUGACUGCAAAACCUAUAAUUUUGCUGGAAGGACUGGCAUAGCUAUCCUGACUAGUAAUUAUCACUUUUAUGUCGCAAACAACGUGGAAGAGGUCAGGAGUCGACGGUAUUAUGACCCACCCGGUAAAAAAAAUAAUCAUAAAGUUCAGUGUUUCAGAGAGAUUAAUAAUGUUUUAUUUUGAAGUUACAUGUUCAUCUCACGUGGUUUUGUGAUCCGUAGAACUCAAUAUCUGCUUGUGCCUCACUUUCCUUUUGUGAUAACUUUGAAUUUGAUGAGAGUUAAAGUGUUGUUCAACAGGCAAUAAAGAAAUCUUGUCACGCAUUAUUCCUUGUAGCAUUUGACUGACUUCAAGUGGGCUUGAAUUCUAACUUUUUUUUUGCGGCGUGAAUAUUUUUCAGGCUUUCUUCUCUUAAAUAUUUACAAUGAUCUGUCUUAGUUAAAUGUGUAUUUUGCCACAUUUUUCACAAGGAAAACAAUAACUGCUCUCGAUCCCAACUCGUUAAAAUUCUGUCACCUAACUACCUGCGGGCUGUCCCUAUCUGAGAAAACUAGAAAGUCAAAUCGUUUGCAGAUGUCUUUAGAAAGGCAGCACUUUCUGCUUAGCAUUAAAAGACCCCUGCCUAAGUGUUGAUCCGGCCGGUGUGUUGAACCAGCGACCUCUCGCUCAGCAGACCGGCGCUUAUCCAGCUGAGCUAACCGGACGGCAAAAAAUGACCAAUUAUGAAUCUUAAGAAACAUAGGGCCAGUUAUUUAAACGUAGUUUAGCCAAUGUUUAACAAACCCGCGUUCUGAGCCAUUUUUCAAUUUGCCUAACGGUUUUAUCUAAACACCGUUUAUUGUGAAGUGUUUUAUGAAAGCAUUUAGAGUAGAUUAGAAAAGCAUUUAACGCACUAAGGAAGAGAUCUGGAGGUCCAAAGAUUCGUUAAACCCCGGCUUAAAUUAAACUUCGUUUAAAUAACCGACCCAUAAUUUUUUUAACCAGGUUUGGAUGCUCCACCCAGCAGCUGGGUCAUUAUGCCGCAUGACAGAGGUUCAUCGUUGCUAGUGGCAAUUGAUAAUCUGUUAUACCUUACAGAAAAGGGACAGUGUAAUAGACUGGUGAGCUGUAGUAUACAGUAGAACUGCUAUCGUGAUACAUCCUUUUAUAAUCUAGUCCUUUCAAGAUAUCUCCAAGCUCGAGAAAUGCUUUUUUGUAAAGUUCCCAUCUUUUUACAACAUCUGCCUUUUCGUCGGCAGUUUCAGGAUUUGAAGAAACGUGUAUCUAGCAGAUAUUCGCACACUGAUUGCAACUCAGCAACGGUGGCGAAAACGUCUCUUAAAAAGAGAAUUCGCGUUGUUUGAAACUUCAUGGCGAUGAAUCCAACUCGCAUAAUUUGUCAAUGCAGGCGAGUCCUGGACUUGUCUAGAAGUUGAAUUUUUAGGCCCUGGUAAGGUAACAUGCGGUGGGUCACCCCGCCUAUCACGUAAACGUGUUCAAAUUAAAGUGAGAGAUUAUAAUUAUGGACAGAAGGGUUACCCCCACCUAAGCGAAAAAGAGAAAAAUUGAUUAUCGUGUUCACUUUUUCGAUAAAACGUGGAAUUAGGAAAUUUCCCGUCUUGAGAAAAUUUGCCAGAAGCGUGAUGCACGUGCAGAGUUAUUGUUUAAAGAAUUUUCGACCGGCUAAAAAAAUUUGACCGGACACAUCGUUCACCCGCGACCGUUCAAUAUUUUUUGCUGUUCACACGGAACUUUGAACGGCUGUGCGUCUGAAUUUUCGUACGGUUAAGGUGAUGUUAUAGGAGACGAUGCGUCGCAACACAGCGUUGCAAUGUUGAAACAACGUCGCAACCAUUCGAAACAAUAUCGCAAAAAUGUUGCAACGCCGUGUUGCGGCUUGCGAAAAAUCGUGGUCGCGAAUUCGAGUGAACGUUCGAAUUUUCAGCCGGUCGAAAAUUCGUCCUGUUGACUUUUUGACUUUCUCUUUGCUGUCGCUGUCUCGACAUCGUAAAUUUCCUCCUGAGUGCCAAGUGUAUGACAGGUUGCUACUUUUUACCAAUCCUGAAUCAGCCACAGGGCGUAGCAAAGCAGUGGGUGUGGGGAGAAGGAAGGAACGGAGGGGAAAAAAUAGAGAAGUGUGUUGAGAUGUCGCAGUGAGAAUAUUGUACAUCUCCGGCUUUAUCAGUGUCACAACUUUAAAUAUGAAAUAGCGAAGUCUCGAUUGUUUAUAAUGUUGACAAAUUUUUCCCUGAACUCACACAAGUGAGUAUGCUCGCCGGCUACAGUUGUUGUUGAAUAGUUUUGAUAUUAUUCAAUUUUCAGACUGUUUCAUUCAGCGCUGGGGCCCCGGUCACUUCCAUCAUAGAAAUGGCCAUAUCUUACAAUUAUGAAUACCUAGCAAUGUUUACAGACACUGGUUUGUUAUGGAUAGGAUCAGCAGAUUUACAGGUGGGUAUAACACUGUCACAUUUGUUCAGCCCGCAAUUUCAGCUAUCAGAGGACGAGUUCUAGUAGCUAACACCGAAUUGACUUGGAUUCUUUGAAAAUGAGAACGAGUGGCGGUCUAAUUCAACUGGCAGUACUAGCUUUGAUUCUAUACCCAGGUUUGAAGAAGGCGUGUAAAAAGGCUUUUGUUUAUACUACUCAAUUUGAGGUAUCUUUUCUUGUAACAAAUGAAUACAGUAAAAACCCGCAAGUAAGAACCUGAAAAUUAAGAACCUGUUAGCCUGAAAUUUGCCAUUUAUACCCCCUAUAAACAAGAACCUGUUUAGCCUAGAAAAUGAAAACAGGUUCUUAUUCUUGAAAGUCAUAUUAGUGAAAUGCAGCUGCAAAGCUGUGUAAGAAUCCUGUUUGGAGAAUUAGGAGCUUGGCAUUGCUGUGCAAAUAAAAGAGCUAAUUUAUUGAUUUAAUAAAAAAAUAAAGUGCAAGAGGUUAAUAUUGUUGUAUCACAUUUUGAAGUUGAAAAAUACGCAGAUGACCAUCUUGUUUUGUAGCUUGUUUUUUUUUUUUACAGAAAUAAGAACCUAUUUAAGAACCUAAAUAGCCUAAAAUUGUGUUAACUACUAUUUAAAUAAGAACCUGUUUAGGCUAACUCCAGAAAAUGUAGGUUCUUACAUGCGGGUUUUUACUGUACCCGUAAAAUUAAAAUCUUUGUACAUACAUACAUACAUGUUUAUUCAAACUCAUAAUAACCACAUGAAUUUGAAAGGGAGAGUCUAGAGGUUAACCCUAUGAAUAAAACUCUCCUAAAAACAACAAACAAACAAUAAAAAUUACAACUUUAAAAAGGAUUUGAGUUUACAUUUAAAAAGUUCAAGGGAACCGGCUUCAACAACAUUACUAGGUAAAUUGUUCCAGUAACUAAUUACAUUGUUAAAAAAAGAAUAUUUAAAACAGUUGAUUCUAGAUAAUUUACAAUAAAGCUUAUACGAGUGAUUUGCCCUAGUGGAUUUGACUUUUGCGAAUUGAAAGAAUUCCUCAAAAUCCAAGUGUGAUAAGCCAAACACGAUCUUAUAACAUUCAACAAGAGAGGAAUAUGUCCUACGACUGGACAAAGAUGGCCAAUGUAACGAGUCACAACGCUCUUCAUAAGACAUAUCACCUCUUUUUGCCUAAGAGCUAAUCUUGACGCGCGUCUUUGCACGCUCUCUAUUGCAUGAAUAUCUUUGACAAGAUAUGGGUUCCAGACUGGAGCAGCAUACUCUAGAAGUGGUCUGACCAAUGUUUUGUAAAGCAAUGAAAAAGUUGUUGUAUUAGCUGUUCCAACAGACCGUCUUAUUAGCCCUAGGACUUGGUUCGCCUUAUUCACCAUGGUACUAAUAUGUUCACUCCAAGUAAGAUCUUUUGAUAUAAUAAUUCCAAGAUCUUUAAAGCUCUUGACAUCUUUUAAGGCCGUACCUAGUUUAUAAUUCGUAGUCGAUUUGUCACGAGAAUGCGUUAUUCGCAUUGCUUCACACUUUUCCUCAUUGAAACGAAGUUGCCAUUUUUCGUCCGUUUACCAAGAUUAUUCAAAUCAUUUUGAAGGUAUUGUUCAUCGAGACUAGGGUUGCGAAGCUCUCUGUAAAUCUUUGUGUCAUCCGCAAAUAAUUUAAUUUUUGAAGAGACACUAUCAACGAUAUCAUUUAUAUAUGAUAGAAAUAAAAUUGGACCAAGAAUAGUUCCCUGUGGGGUACCAGAUAUCACAGGUGCCCAAUCAGAAAAAGUCCCUCUUACAACAACUCGUUGCUUUCUACACGUGAGGAAAUGCCUCAACCAGUUAAGAAGUUUGCUCUCAAUACCGAGGCUAUAUAACUUUAUGAGUAGACGCUCAUGAGGAACACUAUCAAAAGCCUUUGCGAGAUCAAGAAAUACAACAUCUGUUGCUACAGAUGAAUUCCUAGAUUUGGCGAAGUCAUGAAAAGUAGAGAGUAAUUGGGUCACAGUAGACCUACCCUGCAAAAAACCAAAUUGGUUUUUGUUUAUCACGUUUUGGUCUUGCCAAAAUGACGUUAACCUAUCGCGUACAAUUUUUUCGCUGAUUUUGCAUAUCAUGGAUGUAAGCGAAAUUGGACGAUAAUUCUCCCUCAAGUGUUUAGAACCUUUCUUGUGAAGUGGGACAAUGUCAGCUGAUCUACAAUCUUCGGGCAAAUGGCCCAGCAGGAAAGAUUUGUUAACCAGAAAUGAGAUCGAGGGCGCCAAUUCGAACGCACAUGAUUUUAAAAUUACUGGUGAAAUUCUAUCUGGACCCGGGGACUUGUUCGUUUUAAGAGACUUAAGAUGCUUUAAAAUUUCCUCAGUAGUACAGGAAAUAUAAUUAAGUUUCUCACAAACUAAAGGCUCUAAAGAAGGCAAGUUGGUGAAGUCCUCAGAGGUAAAAAAAAAACAGAUGAAAAAUAGGAAUUAAAACUACUAGCAAUACUCUCAUCGUCAAUCAGUUCUUUGUCACCAACCUUUAAAGAUACCAGAGUAUUCGUACCGUUACGUUUGCUUUUAAUAUAAUUCCAGAAAGGCUUGGAAUUACCAGAAACUGCAAUAUCAGAGGCCAUAUUGUUGAUAUACGUCCAUCGAGCUAAGUUACAUUCUCUUUUCACGACAUUGUUCAGUUUUCUGUACUUCUUCCAAAGGGCUGGAUUGCUGCUUUUUCGCGCUUUGUUAUACAACAAUUUCUUUUUUCUGCACAACCUAAUAAGAUCCUUUGUUAUCCAAGGUGCAUUACAUUUUUUCUUGCCCCGACGCACGGGUAUGCAUUCAUCCAUAGCCGUAAAUAAAAGAUCUUUCCAGCAAGACCAGUUGUAUUCAAUGUCAUCAUCGAAAAAAGCACAGUUCCAAGGAAUGCAAGCCAAUAACAUCUUUAGGUGUGCCCAGUCAGUUUUGCCAUAUGAAUAGAAACAUUUCCGAGAUUUACGCUGGGUGUAGGGUGAUCUUAAGAUCUCAAAACUAAGAGAGUUAUGGUCGGAGAAGCAAUCGCCAACAACAAGACGAUCAAUGAUAUCUGGCGAGGAUGUGAUUAACAAGUCUAGAAUAUUUUGGCUCCUUGUAGGCUCACUGACCAGCUGUGUUAAGAAAUUGUCCUGAAUUAUAUCAAUUAAAAGGGCGUGAUUGUGAGAUUGUUGUAAAGCUCUAUUACAUAAACAUUCGAUCUCCGGCAAGUUAAAAUCGCCAACCAGAAUUAAAUCCGCGGUUGAAUCAAGUCCUUGAAUAAAGGUCUGAAGGUCUUCCAAAGGCUUAAUAUCACUUCCCGGAGGUCGAUAAAACACGCCGAUAGUUAUCCGUCGGUUGUAAGAUAAGAGCACAUCAAUAAAAAGCAUUUCAGAGUCGCACGGAUGAGUCGGACGAAGAGAAACAGUAAUGUAAUCACGUACCGCAAUGAGUACACCACCGCCAUGACGGCCAUUAAUCUUACGAUCUUUUCUAAAAACAGUGUAGUGAGAGGGAAAAAUCUCGGAGUCAAGAAUCGAAUGGUCCAAAUGCGUUUCAGUUAGUACAAUUAGAUCGUAGUUCCGUUGGUAUCCGCCUUAGUUCUCCAUGGUGGGAUUAUCAUCAUUAAUUUAGUUUAGCCACUUCUUCCUCGGAAACCUUGCAAAAACAGUUUCAUGUGAUCGCAAAGUUGAUAUUUAUUGUGUUCAUUUAACUUGCUGACAUCUCCGCAAAGCGAGGAAGCUUAGCAACCCGGGCCGCUAGGCCAGGCUCUGAAGAGCUCAACUUAAGUACGCCUGUAUUUCGUAGUUCUUUGAAUUUUGCAGUUAUUGUUGUAUUUCUGUCUUCUUUAGAAAGUCUACUGUGAGUUCAAUACUUCUUGUCCAUCAAGACCCAAGCAACUAACCUGGUAAGGAGGGAGCAGUUGUUGUUUCUAGAACGAAGCCUAUCAUCUUUUAUGACGAAUUCUCGCCCAGUUGGCCAGGAUAUUCUUUUGAAUUGAAACUAAGAGCCAUCGGUGUUUUUCUUUCUUCCGCUACUCAUCAAGCGAUGUGUCGCUGCAACGUGCUGCAGCAACUAAUCUCCUGACCUGUACACAGGGAGUAAUCUGUCGCCGACUUGUGUUGGUGCAACUUGUCUCCUUGUGUGUUCCGAUCUUUACUUACCUCAACUUACCUUACAGGUGUGCAAUGGGCGCUGUCAUAUGUUACUGGGACGAUUAUUUGGAUGUUGUUGGACCGACAAUGGACACUAUUAGAUAUCCUUUUCGGAUUAACAAGAUCAUUCUUUAUAUGCAACUAGCUUUCCAACUAUUUGCGGGGCAAGCUAUCUAACUGCUAGAGCAUGCUAGAAUUAAAAAUUGUUGUUGUUGUAAAUGUUGCCUUGGCCAAGUUGGUCAAAGUGCUGUACGUUAAUCAUGUUACUGAAAACACCCUUGAUUUGAACUGACAAUUGUUACUAGUGUAGUUUAAUUUUUUCUGUUUCUGCCGUGGAAUUUGGUAAUUUGUAAAAUAUGAGUAGUUUUUUUUUUCAUUGGGCACGCUGUUGCCAUUUAUUUAACAAUUAUUCCACGAGUGUGCGUUGGAUAUGAGAUUGUAGAUAGCCAACGAGCGCUGAGUUGGCUAAUCAUCUCAUACUGAUCCAACCGAUUUUCAGCUUCUUUUUAAUUUUGAACAAUUAAUUUUUGUCUAUUGCUAAUAUACUCUGAUGGUUAAGCAAAUCAGAUCUGUAGAAUUGCAUUAUUUAAUGAUUCAGGUUUUGAUAAAUAUUGAUAUGCAACGGAUAGCACACUUCUUCUUAACAUAUUUUACAUAUCAGAUGGACAGUGCUGUUCAUUUAGUUCAAGAGUUAGAUGGCGUAAGAAUCAUUGGCAAUGAGACUCAUGAACUGCUUCAGCGAGUUCCAGGUUGGUAAAUAUGAUUACGUUGAUUCCGAGAGGAUUCUCCUUCCGGCGAAACCUCCCUAGCAACGAGGAGCAAGGUGAAACGGCUGUAUUCGCAGACUACAAGUGAAAAGUUUCAAAAUGCUCGCAGAUAUUUUCUCUUGUUCUCGAUUCAUAAAGCUAUCGAAAUACAGUAGCCAAAAAUAACAAUCCCUGUUGGUGGCCGGGAUGUCCUUAAGGUUUAUUUCUUCUUCACAGACAUUUGAUGCUUUUCCAAAUUACCUUCUUUUAAAACGUGUCGUUACCUGUAGGUGCUUAGAGCGAAAUAAACUCCCGAGACUGUUGACUUAAACCUUUAGCUCAGUGUGGUCUUGCUGUGGCUCAUGUAUGAUUUUUCAACUUACUUCCCGGAACCAGAUGGGACUGACUCUACAUUCAGUAUUCCCCCCUUCAAAGAAGAUAGGUACCCUGUUGUCACGAACAAGCAAAAAGUCCUAAACUUUAUUCCAGUCGACUUGUUCAAUCGGUUUGCGGUCAAGUCGCCCGAAAUCAGAGUCAUGUCGCUCGAAAUAAACAGCGAUAUUUGCGUCUUUCUUGAACUUGACAUUUGCAUAGGAGUACCGGACAGUGCUGAGUCAACAUUUUUCGACUAAAUUCCUUGCGAUAUACUUCAGGUGUUACUUCUGUUCAAGUUUAUACACUCGAUAAAAUUUUAGGCGACAUGACUUAGGAUUUCGGGCGACAUUACUCUGGUUUCAUGCGAUAUGACUUCGGGUGAGAUGACUUUCCAGCGACUUGCCCGGUUACCGUUCAACCAGAACUAAGAGCGCUUGCUGUGCGUGAUCGGUAGUGAAAUGAACUACCCGCCAAGUUUAAAAUUACAUGACGCCACUCUAGCCGACCAAUAAGGUGGCGUCCUUAAAAUAACCACGCAGUAUGACACAGACCCAAGAAUAGACUGAAACUAAUUUUCAUGGAAAUAGGGUCAUGUAUGGGGGAUUCGUUUUCUUAGAUCAUCCUCUCUUGCCAGAACCACUUCUUAUCAUGAACGUGAGUAAUUAUGUCCGAUACUAGAGCAACUAUUUCUUUUCAUCUUUCAGCUGCUGUGGAACAAGUGUUUAAAAUCGGUUCAAUGGAACCAGGUGCGAUGCUGUUUGAUGCAUCAAAGGAAUUUGAGGUAAGCAAUGCUUCACUCUCUCUGGGAAAAAGUUGUCUCGGGUAAAAGGCUCAGCCGCCUACCCAAGCCAGUGGCGGAUCUAGGAGAGGGGUCAAGGGGGCUCGCCCCCACCCCCUUUAUUGUUAGACCGCCACUGCGAGCCACCCUGGGCGAGCCUGUUGUUGGGUGACCUGUUUUCCUUGGUAAGGUCACCAUCCUAGCUGAAGGAACUUUUCUCCAUAUAAUAAAAGAGAAUCAACUUUAUUUAUAUAGCGCUAUUUCACUCCAAAAGCUCAAUAGCGCUUUACAGAAUACAUAAGAAAGAAAAAUCAUGAAUGAAGAAAAACAUAGCAUGAUAAUAAAAAGAAUACCUGACGAACAACGUUAAAGUUUCAACUCAAAGGUCCUAAACUGCACUAAAAACUAAAUCCCCCAAAAUUAAGCUGUCGCUCUGAUUCUUUCGUGUAUAUUCCUGUAAACAGAAAAAGAGCGCCCGAGCAGAGGAGUACAUUCGGAUGAUCAAAGAACGUCUUCCUGAGGCUGUCCAGCAAUGUAUCCACGCCACUGCCGGGGAACAUGAGCCUGCAAUACAAAGAGGACUUCUGAGGGUGAGUGUAGUUUCUGAUGUAGUCAUGGUAACCACAUGAUCCCUAUGUUCAGUUCCUACGUCUUGAUUUUCACAGCAACCCGCCCCCAGGAGGUGGGGGAGUUGUUGACAAGUUUAAGGUUUCGUACACGGUGAUUGGUGCUCUGUAAACUGCCAGAUAAAUUUAGCAUUGUUUGAAAAAAUACAUUAUCUGUCUUCCGUUUCAAAAUCACCACCUCCUACUGAAAACGUUUUAGUCAAUCUGCUGAAGUUCCUUCAAAUUCGCUUGGGCAUAAAUCGUUGAACGUGAUGCCGUGAAAAGAAAAUCUGUACUCAGUAUAUCUGGGUAAUUUGAAUUGAAAGCGAAAGAGCGCAAAUAGUUCGUCCAUUAUGUUUCUAUUUGAGGAGUGUAGUAAGAGACAUAAAGGACUUCAUUAAUGCUUUCGACGAACACGUCAUUCAGUGAUUUUUCAGUUAUACAGGAUGAAUUGAAAGUAUAGCAAGUCUCAGCGAGUGGUCAACAUUCGCCGAUAACACUGCUCUGUUACCAUCUACCAAGCGAAGUUUGCAGCGUCGCUUGGUCAGAGAUUUUAGGCGGGAAAUAGUUCUCGUGUAACAUGUCAUGUGUCCUCGUAGUAACCAACAAGAGCGCUCCGGCGGUCGAUGUCGGGGAAAAUUCCGCCUAUAGUAUAACCGUUAUUUUAACUGAUCUCCGCUGUAAUCUUUUCUUCUCUUUGCUAGGCCGCUUCCUUUGGUAAGAGUUUUCUAACUGAUAUGCCGCCACACGCGUUUGUUUCGAUGUGCCGGAAUCUUAGAGUGUUAAACGCCGUGCGGGACUACAUGGUUGGAAUUCCACUUACAUAUGGACAGUAUCCUUUAUCUUAAUUCAAGAGUGAACCAAAUUUUCAGUUGUUGCAAAAGCGCCGUCUCGCAGGUUACAUUUUGCCCAAUUGCAGGCUGUGUUGCAGCAAGUCUACACUAUGCUAGCCUCCGUAGCAAGACGAAAAUUUUUUUUAUUGUUCAAGUUAAUUUGCAAUUGCGUAAAUUGCAAUUUCCGCUGCGACGAUCAUUUCUUCAUUUAAACUUGCAUUUCCGCAGUUCACAUCAUCUCCAACUUUUACGACGAACUUGCGCGGAAACCGUUUCUACGCAGGCUAACACUAUGCUAGAUAGCUCUUGCGUCGGCACGGAAACCAUACUGGAGAGUGUUUCUGUCUUCGCAAGAGAACGGUGAUUUUGGUGCGAUUUAUGCAAAGGAGCAAAGCUGUGGGGUUUAAAUUACAUUUUUUAGAGGGAACGAACAAGAUAUGUCCCUUUUCUCUUUUUUAAAACGGAUAUGUUAAAAGUACGUUAACACAGUUUUCAAUUUUGUGGCUCUUAUCAAGUUCUUAAAGUGGGCUCCAUUUUGCUUUUUUGUUCUCUGAGAGUACCCUUUGAUAUUUUUCAAAAAUUAUCCACUUUUGAUGCCUUGACGAUCGUCUUCGACUGGAAAAACUAACAAUGAAAACCCUUAUCGAUAGGUGAGUUUUGUUUUUGUCACGCUGUUUGUUGUCUUUUUAAAAAAGGUAAAACGUGCAAUGCUUAUGCAUUUUUUGAGGGGAAGGGGGCGGUAAACAAGGUGUAUUGCUACGUAGCUGGAAAUUUUUUCAUAACAGUGCGCGCUGUCAUUGGUUUCUUCGAGGUCACAUGACAUCUAACAAUGAAACUGUUUCCCGCCAAAAUCUGUGAGCGGACAACGUUACAAAAUCUAUGACGUCAUAAGGGAACAGUGCAUUGUUACCCACGAAUGUUGACCGACGACUACCGUUACAGCGAGGUUUUAUGAAUUUCCAGCUAUAUAGCCUCGGGAAACAUUGAGAUUCUCGGAAAACAAAUUUAACUGUUUCCCUCGAGACCAGUCAUUAAGUGUUUAAGUGUUUAUUGUAAUGUGAAACGUUCAAUAAGUUCCGAGUUUCAGGUGAGUAUCAAACUUACGACCUUCCGAGUUCAAGAUCAGACGUUCUACCCACUGAGCUGCUGGGGGCUCUAUAGUGUGCAGGGUCGACAUUUUUAUUGAUUAUACACUAGACCUGCUAUAGUACAUAGUACGAAAUAGUACUUUUAAGAAAAAUAACAAAAUGAAUAUGAUGUAUGUCCGAUAAUCUUUCUCUUUUGCUCGACUAAAAUGGUGACGUGGUUGGACAUAAAUCCUUUUUUAAAAUAUCAAAAUUAUUUGCAUUCCUACUGAAUAUAAAACAAGCUGAAGCAAAGCUGUUGUUUUUUUACUUGCCUACUUCCCGUGUCGAAACCAUGUUUACUAAAUUGAUUUUCCCGCCGUCAGAUCUGGAGCGGGAAUUCUUUGCCUUAAGUUUAUUUUAUUACCGUUUAUUUUCUGCUCCUGUAGGCUUGUUUUGAGGCGUCACUACUGUCUGGCCAUAAGAAUCUGUGAUUACCUGAAGAUUCCUAAGGGGGAGGGUGCCAGUCGCAUCCUUGGACACUUGGCUUGUUAUAAAGUGAGUGUAACCAGCGGAUACCGGUUGGCUGUUACCUAUAUGUAAGCAGGGGUCUUCCCGCAAUUAGCUUAUGGCUGGUAAUUAAUAAAAUUGGUAAUGGUGAAUUAUAGUUGUGGCAGUAGACAUGACUGGAGUUGGGUGUCCGGUGGUUGUUUCAUGUGCUGAAUUUGGCUCAUUUCUCGUCGUGUUUGUGUAUUUAUCAAAGAUCACAAAAUCAACCUAUGAAAAGAUCUAGAUCAAUCAGACUGGAUUGUACGUGGUGAAGACAGCGUGGCCAGGCGCCCAUCACGUUGUUUUCGCAAUCCGUCGGUCCUGGUUGGAGUCUUACUCUAGCCACUUGCUGAAUUUAUUCGCGGUAUUUCCAAGUUCAGAUACCCGGUCAUGCUUGUAAAUAGCCAACUGGUUUCCUCCUGCCAGCUGGGGCUUUUAAUCCUGUUGUGUUCUAUUUCCUCAGUAAAUAAACAGUUGGACUUUCACAUGGCUGGGAUGAUCACAUUGAAAUUAACUUCUCCGCCCUUGUAGAAUACAAUAGUGUCCGUAAAUAGUUUUUAUUGUGUUGAAUAUAUUGACAUCUCUUUCGAUCCUUCACUUCUUCAAAACUUGCUUUUCUUGUUUAAACAGGUUCAGCAAGCCAAUGUUGAUGACGAAGAGAUUGCUCGUGCCAUCAACUCCAAGCUCGGAGAGACUCCUGGGAUAUCUUACUCAGAAAUAGCUUCAAAGGCAGUGGACUGUGGACGAACGCACCUGGCCAUCAAGGUUAGUUGAGAGCAUUCACAUGAACAGUAUAAUUAUAGACUAUACGUUCCCAGUUCAAUUUGGGACAUAAACUGGUGUCUUCCGUUAGUAUUUCCUUGCUAAAUGCAGAGGUUCAAAAUAAUAGAAUGGGAUUUUUACCUGCGGAAUUGCGUUUACUGUGGGUAAUCAAGAAUUUUUCCCGUACCUGGAGUAUUAAGACCUCGCUUGCUUUCAGCGCUGCACUUUAUCAGGGACCUUAAGCAAUGACGACGACGACGGCAGUGAAAACGUCACUAAGAAAAUGAAUUUCCCGCGUCCUUUCAAUCUUUAUCGCGUCUAUUUGAACCGCUUAAUUCGUUAAAUGUAAGCGACUUUUCCUGGAGUUAAAUUCCUAUUGUCUUUAUCCAUGUUCAAAUCGAGAACGGAAAAUUUGUUUUCGUAUGUCCACGUCCUCCAUAAAACGUUGCAUUGGGAGGUUUCACGUCGUAGUCGUGCAGUGGACGUCAAAGAAAUGUACCAAAAAGCGUGAUUCACGUGCAGAGCAGUCGUUUUGCUCAUAAAACCAAUUGUUGUUUGACGUUGUUGUUGUUGCAAAACAACGGGCGCUUUCCAUUCAACCAAAACGUUCGAAAAUUGGAAACAGCGGCAAAUGGUACAGAAAUGUCCAGGAAAAGUUUCCAGAAAUUCCGAAAGAUGUUGAAUUUCCGAAAUGUGAACCAUGCAUUCAAUCGAAAAUUCUAGAAAUUCCCGGAAGCAAAGUUCAAUGAAAAAAAACUUUCGGAAAACAUUUUUUUUUAAAUUUGGGCACCCGUCAAGAAACAAAACUUACGGCUGCAAAGAAGAGCAAUGGGGGAAAGGAACAUCGAGGGUUUUAACAACUGAAGUUUUUAAUUCAAUAUAAAAAAAACAUGUUGAAGUUUUAUGCUCUAGCCCUUCGUCAGACUGACCGAAGGGUUAGCACUCGAAAUGUCCCUACUAUGCCAAAUUUCCUAUGUCAACUUAAUUGAUUAAUAUAAAUUCUUAGCUUUCACCGUGGUUCGCUCGAGGGGUUACCAACAUGCUCGUUUCAUGGGACGUCAACAACACCUGGAACAGACCGGAUCAGAUCAACCCCUGUAACUGACUGAAUAACGAAAGGUAAGGGAUAGUGCCUCUGAGAAUGAUCUGAUCCGGUUUUGCGGUCCAGGUUUUGCCUACGGCCUUUCUCGUGGCUUCGCCGCCUGUGCCUCCACGAGGAGACCUGCCUACAGCCUGGCUUAAAGCCAACCUUGACCUCUAGCUGGAGCAAUCUCACCAUAGUAAGUUCGUCGUUUGACAAUCGGUAAGCGAGCCUAUCAUAGCCAAUUCAUGAUUCAGAAUGUAUCUUUCAAGAUGCUCACAUCUUCUUGUUUUUUUUUUACCUGUAGCUUUUGGACUAUGAGGCGGAAGCCGCUGACCAAGUUCCACUGCUCAUGCGCAUGAAUAAAGAUGACCUAGCUCUCGAGAAGGCCAUUAUGAGUGGAGACACGGAUCUGGGUGAGUUGUGAGUGGGUACCACUGCGGUUAGCUACAGCAGUUUGGUGAUCUUUUAAGUCCGUUUUGUUUCGUCGUUGUCGCUCAAAAGCCGACUUAUAGGAAGGUGUAUCGUUAUGUUGAAAUUGUACCAAAGGUUCAAAAAAAUUAGAAUCAACUUUUUCUCAGCCUAAAAGUUGGCGUUACACUAGCGGUGUUACAAGCACGGGCAGAGUUGCAAACCGUAAAACAUUUUUGAACUUGUUUUGUAGCUUCUCCUCCAAUGGUAACAGCUUUCUCUGCUCAGGUGAUCAAAAUUGAUGGAUCCGAACCGCCGUCAUCCAAAACCCGCCUACUUGAUUUUCCCCUGUAUCUAGAUGACAUUUUUGUUGUCUUUUUUUUCUUUCUAGUAUUUAUGGUUGUUAUGCAGUUGAAGGAUAAUCUAAUUCCUGGCGAGUUCUUGAUGGCCAUACGUUACCGUCCUGUGGCACUCAGCCUCCACAUCAAGGUGAGUCUAUGAGAAAAGAGUUGUGUAAAUGAGUGUGUAUUUGUUCAAGGCUCCAACCAAGAGAAAACUUGCCGUAAGGUCCUUCAGCGUAACGCUAAUAUUGUAUUUGCUAGGAAACGUUUUUCCUUUUAUGCGUUCACUCUUUAAGAUCACAAAAAUGACGUCAAAAUGUUGGAGGAGUGAGUGGUUUUACGGUAUCGUUUGUACCAUCUUAUGUCAAUCCUUUGAAAUGUCGGAGCCUUGGCAGUGACAAAUGGCUACUUGUCUAGCUAUUUGUUGUUGUUUUUCUACAAUGUCUUGGAGAAUCGCGCUCAACAGACAGAGACGAGAAGGAUCUUUCGUUUCUAUUCUCUGUACUGUCAUGAGCAAAACCUGUCGACCAAUCGGGGCGCAGAAAACACUCGGUUAUUGUAAAUCAUUAAACUGUGUGGCAUGCGUCUUAAGAGGUAUUGAAAAAAGUGAAAGUGGGAAAGGGAAGCCUGCUCUAGGACCACUUUUUUCAUUUCUUCUACCUUUUCCCUUCACUCUCUUUUUCUCUCCUUCCCCCUUCCCUCGUUUUGUACCUGCCACGCAGGCUAUUGUGAAAUCUAUAUAUUCACUUUGACAUGACUGUGAUUUGUCUGCAGUAUUGUAAGGAUCAGGAUCGCCGUACACUUGUAGACCUGUUCUACCAGGAUGACCAGUUUAUGAACAGUGGUAAUGCCUUUGUGCACGACAGCUAUAGCGAGAAGGUAUCAUAUAAAGUAGCUUGAAAUGCUAUCAUGCUUAGGAGGGGAUCUGGUCGCAAGUUGUUUUAUUAUUUUAUUUCUUUAUUGGCUUAAUAUGUAAUUUCAAUUCCGAGCAAAGGUGCGCACGCUUCACUCCGUUUCUUCAUGGCGUCAUAGAAUAUUUUUGUUGUGACUUUAUCAGACUACCAAGUUCCGCUUUUACCUCAUUUCCGCAUGGCGUUUUCCAGUUAGAAAAUGGGAGAAACUUACUCCUCUUAAGGUCAGCAGCACUCUUGUUUAUUUUGAACGUCAUUGAGAGCCGAGAAUACGUGUAGCAACUCUUAUUUUUAAUUUAACUCGUUCAUCUCUUGUGCUUAAACUGGAAACCUUUACCAAAAUUCGUUUUAAUCAUAACUAGUGAUAUCUACUACGCGUGCGCUUAUUGUUGCCAGCCCUCAAUUCGGCGACCACGUGACCAAAGAAACGACAAGAAUAGGAGUCGACUUAAGUCAACAAGGUAUCUGAUAUUUUUCACAGGUGUCGUAGAGCGAACAAAGCACGCACGCCUGAAAAUCGCAACUUGCAAGGAAGACCGUCACACAAAGGGUGAGUUGCGUGACCCCUUCAGGUCUCUCUUGCAAUCUGGUCCUCAGAGCUUUUCUUAGCCUUGUCUGGCAGAACAGUCACUUUUAGUGCUAAACCAGCAGGAUCAAAGCCUUGGGAAGGUCAUGUUGCAGCUGCUCAGAAGAAAAGUCACCAGUGGUGCCUAACCCUGACCCCAAACAAUACUGAAACAAUUGAAAGAAUGACAUGUCAUUGUUUUCUGCGGCCAAUCAGGAGAGACCUUCCAAGCAGCUCCUACGCAACUGCCUUGGGAAGGAUAUUGGCGCUGAUGCUUUUAUUCCUUGAGAAAUCAGAGGCAAUUCGUUAUCACCCGUCAAAGAAUAGAAUCAUCGUUUUCGUAUCACUUGUCAGUACAUUUGACAUAAAACCUGAUUUCUCAUGAUUUUCUUCUAUUUUUAUUGUUUAGGCAAUAGAAUCCAAGAUAAUAACAUUGUCUAAAGCACAGAUGUCUUACCAGCAAGGAGGAUUUCAGUUCUACUCAAAGGUGUGUGCUCUUGACUUUGUUUCUUUGAUUUAAAAUACUCCAAACUCCACCAACGCUAGGGUCACCCAUUUCUUACUACAGUAAAACCUCUAUUAAGCGGACCCCCAAUUACGCGGACACCCUUUAUUAAGCGGACUAUAAGCCGGGUCCCGAAAUUAACGUUUUAUAUUAGCCUUUAUGACGAAUCCCAAUUCAGCGGACACCUCUAUUAAGCGGACGAGGACACUAAAAUAAAUUGUAUUUGGCUAAUUUCUAUUGUUAAAAACCUCUAUUAAGCGGAAACCGGACUGAAUUGACAAUAGUAGUAUUGGAUUAUGUCCUUGAAAUACAUACUGUAGUCGAUUUAUAAGGAUAAAUCAAUACAUUUAGCUGUCAAAAGUUCACCUAAAAGUCUUGCACCAUGUAAAGCACAGCUUCCUUAGCGUCCUUAACAACAUGGAACUUUAUCACAGUACAGAGUAACCUCUGAAUGUUAAUCGUUAACAAACAAUGUGCAAUUUUUACAAAAUCUCAAUUAAGCGGACACUUGGGAAGGUCCGGAAGGUGUCCGCUUAAUAGAGGUUUCACUGUAUGUGGGAGGAACAGAAGAGGGACGUUGUGCCUUUCCUAGUAAUCUAGGAUACGGGAUAAACUUGCGAUAUUCGAACCAAAAGCACCCAGAAAACUCUCCAGUCCUCUGUGUUUGAUUAACAAAUGCCUUGACUGUGCUCUGUUCUGUUAUAAAUCACGUAGAAAGCGCCGGGCUAGGGCACAAAAGAAAUGUAGGGGUAAACACGAGACGUAGUCGAGUGUUUCUCCCCACUUCUCAAGUGCUUUGUAACAUAACAAAGCACAGUAAAGGUUUCUUUAGUAGUUUUAUGAUAAAGAAUCCGUUAAAUUCGCCACACAUUACUUUCUAAUUUUCAAAACAAACUGAUAAACACGCUUUUUAAGCCAAUCAGAGUGCGCGUUAUACUGCUCUGAACUAUAAAUAUCUCAAUAAAACAUUUCCUGUCAGUGAUACAUUCUAUAUACGCGCGAUUUAAUUUUUCGGGCAACAGAAGAACAAAUGAAACUCAUGGUAUAAUAUCAAGUCAAACUAGAAGAGAAGUAAAGAAAGGCAUUUAUGGACCUGUCUUUCAGUGAUACUAUCUACCAGGUGUGAUAAAGACACUAAACUGUCUUAGCCUUUACCGUGGAUUUUCAAACGUUCACGAUCUGAGCUUAUUUUUAAGGUGUACCGAUCAGUACAGUUGGGCAGCUGCAUCAAUUGAGCUUUCUAGGUAACUGACCACUUCCCCCCCCCCUUCCCCCGUUAAGUCAACAGUAACACUUUUACCUUACUUAGUAUACGCUGGAAUCUCUCAGAUCUCUGAUCAGCAGCUUUUGUUGGGAUUGUUAUUGUUAAACUAUUAUCUAAACUUAGUCGUUAAAACCAAAGCAAAGUAAACCGCUGUGGAAAGUACUAUUAAAAGUAGUUUUAGCGUUAGUUUCUUCAUUGUCACAGAUUUAAUUGCCAUACAAUUGGGUGUGGGCUCCUGGUUUCUAAGGAUUACUUUGCACUUUUCAGUGCAUACUUCAAGGAGACCUGAAAGCCGCUGAGCAACUGAAAAAGGAGUUCAAGAUUCCGGAUAAAAGGUUUGUAACAUUUUUUUAUCAGAGACUGUAAACAACGAGACCUUUCUCAUCUGAGGGCCCUUUUUUGAAACAACCUUUAGCUACACCACGUUGAACAAAGGCUUACUUGUUCACACCACUGAUUUGUAGCCUGUGUAGAAUACAUUUGAAGGGGAAGGGAAAUGUGGGAAUUAGGGCGCGCUAGGGAGGAGGAAAUUUAAACGCAGUCGUUUAGGAAAACAUUGGACUUCCAGAUCCUUUUCUUAAGGGGUUAAUUGAAGAAAAUAAGUGCCUUUCCAGUCUACACUAUAUACUUUCUUGAGAUUUUUCACGAAAAAUGGCGUUUAGAUAAAAACGUUGAGCAAACUGAAAAUGGCCAAGAACGCGGUUUGGUUAAACACGGGUUAAACUCCGUUUAAACAACUGGCCCAAAUGGUCUCUCUACUUUCAUCCUCGCGCGCCCAUCGCGUUCUCGUUCUCACACGGGCUGUUUUCAAAAUAGCCUGUACUAUGUAGAGCUAAGGCUUGUUUGGUCACACCCUGAUUUGUAGUCUAUGUGGCAAGCAUUGGAAGUCGAGUGAAAGAGAGGGAGGGGAUAAGGGCGCGCGAGGAGGGAGAGAAGAAAGGGUUUCCGUCCUUUCCUCCUCGCGCAUUCAUCGCGUUCUCGUUUUCACACGGCGCGUUUUCGAAAUAGCCUCUAGUUGCACCACGUAGAGCUUAUGUUUGCUAGUUAAAACCACUGAUUUGUAGCCUGUGUAGCAGGCAUUUGAAGGAGUAGUAAAAGGAGCGGGAGGGAAUCAGGACGCGGGAGGAAAAAUAGCAGACAGGGUUUUCUUCCCUUCCUCCUCGCGCGGACAUCGCGUUCACGCGCACCUCAGUUAUUCCUCCUUUUCCUACCCCUUCAAACUCCUUCCUCAUAGUUUAGCUCAUUUGCCGCAUUGUCUUGUCUUUAGGUUUUAUUGGCUGAAAGUAAGAUCCUUGACCUUAAAGUCACAACUGGCUGGAACUCUACAAGUUUUCCAAAGCUCGUAA